AUGAUCCCUUCGCAGAGGUAUGCGGCCGGGAGCGCCUCACGCUGGCGCACAUCCGCAGUCAAUGCCGCCACCAUGAACUCCCGACGCAUCGUCUCUCUCUCCUCCAAUCUCGCCAGAGCCGCUCCGGGCCCCUCGGCUCUUCAUCUCGCAGCACCGCGAAUCGGCAAGAGCAUCGUCGCAACAGCUUCUGCCGCCUUGCGCACCGUGCCAGCAAGGUCCCUCUUCACCUCUCCCGCCCCCAGCUUGCCACGGUCCAGGAGACUUGAAAAGAUGCUCGAGGACGGCGAGGAACACCAGAACGAGGAAAACGAGAUCGACGAGGACGAGCAGCACAACAAAGAAGCAGAGCAGACCGGCGCGAAGGCAGAAUCCUCUGGCUCGUCCCCCGGCGCUCGCUCAGCUACAGGCGGUGCUGCCGCUUCCGGCUCUGCUUCUGGCUCCGGCUCGGCUGCAGGCGGAUCGAGCUCUGGCUCUGGAAACGGUUCCGGCUCCAACUCUCUCGCCCGCUCCACCGUGCCCUCCGUCUACCCGCAGGUCCUCGCCCUUCCCAUCACCCGUCGUCCCCUCUUCCCCGGCUUCUACAAGGCCGUCGUCAUCAAGAACCAGGCCGUCUGCGCCGCUAUCAAGGAGUCGCUCAAGCGCGGCCAGCCUUACAUCGGCGCCUUCCUCCUCAAGGACGAGGCGGAAGAUGCAGACGUCAUCACCGACCUCAGCAAGGUGCACAAGGUCGGUGUCUUUGCUCAGGUCACCAGCGUCUUCCCCGUUCAGGGCGGCGGCCAGUCCGGCGGAGCAAAGAAGGGCAAGGAUGGCGAGAACGCCGAGGAGGAGGAGGGCAUCACUGCCGUCCUCUACCCGCACCGCCGCAUCCGCAUCGACGAACUCAUCACUCCCACCGGUCAGACCAUCCCUUCGCCCCCACCAGGCACCGAGGGAGCCGGUCCAGCCAACCCUGUCAGCGACGAAGCCGCCAACGAAGCCGUAAAGGCUGCCUUCAUCGCAAAGGUGCACGACAUCCAACAGGAGGCACGCGAUGACGGCGUCCUCCCUGAAGUCAACGACGCAUCGGCAGCCCACCUCCAGCAGAACGCCCCACCAGCUCCUCCCAAGCCCUUGGAUGGCGAGUCGCAACCCGAAGGCGAUGCUGCUGACACUCAGGACAUGCCCUCCCACUCGACUCCCUUCCAGACCUCCUUCCUGCAGGACUACGCCGUAUCGCUCGUCAACGUCACCAACCUCGCAGCCGCGCCGUACGACAAGCGCAACGACCAGUACAUCCGCGCCGUCAUGUCCGAGCUCAUCAGCGUAUUCAAGGAUAUCGCUACUCUCAACCCGCUCUUCCGCGACCAGAUCGCCAACUUCUCCAUCUCCCAGGGCGCAGGCAACGUAUUCGAGGAGCCCGAAAAGCUCGCCGACUUUGCCGCCGCCGUCUCCACGGGCGAGGUGAGCGAGCUCCAGGCGGUGCUCGAGGCGCUCGACGUGCGCGAGCGUCUCCAAAAGGCGCUCGUCGUCCUCAAGAAGGAGCUCAUGAACGCACAGCUCCAGAGCAAGAUCAGCAAGGACGUCGAGUCCAAGAUCCAAAAGAGGCAGCGCGAGUACUACCUCAUGGAGCAGCUCAAGGGCAUCAAGAAGGAGCUCGGCAUCGAGAGCGACGGCAAGGACAAGAUGAUCGAAAAGUUCCGCGAAAAGGCCGCAGAACUGCGCAUGCCCGAAGCCGUUCGCAAGGUGUUUGACGAGGAGCUCAACAAACUCCAGACGCUCGAGCCCGCCGCCAGCGAGUUCAACGUGACGCGCGGCUAUCUCGACUGGCUCACCAGCAUCCCCUGGGGCGUCCACUCGCCCGAGAACUAUUCCAUCUCCAACGCGACUUCCGUGCUCGACGAGGACCACUACGGCCUCAAGGACGUCAAGGACCGCAUCCUCGAGUUCCUCGCCGUAGGCAAGCUCAAGGGCACUGUCGAGGGCAAGAUCAUCUGUCUCGUCGGCCCUCCCGGUGUGGGUAAGACUUCGAUCGGCAAGUCGAUCGCUCGCGCCGUCGAGCGCCAGUUCUUCCGAUUCAGCGUGGGUGGCCUCAGCGACGUCGCCGAGAUCAAGGGUCAUCGCAGGACCUACGUUGGCGCCAUGCCCGGCAAGGCCAUUCAGGCCCUCAAGAAGGUGGGCACCGAGAACCCGCUCAUCCUCAUCGACGAGGUCGACAAGAUCGGUCGCGGCCACAACGGCGAUCCUUCGUCGGCUUUGCUCGAGAUGCUCGACCCAGAGCAGAACGGCUCGUUCCUGGAUCACUACAUGGACGUGCCCGUCGACCUCUCGCGUGUGCUCUUCGUCUGCACGGCCAACACGCUCGACACCAUCCCGCAGCCGCUGCUCGACCGUAUGGAGGUCAUGGAGGUGUCGUCCUACACGGCGGACGAGAAGCGCCACAUCGCUCGCGGCUACCUCGGCCCGCAAGCCAAGGAGGCGUCGGGUCUGCAGGAUGCCAACAUUGUGCUGCCAGACGAGACGAUCGACUUCCUCAUCAAGCACCACGCGCGCGAGAGCGGAGUGCGUGGCCUGCGCAAGCUCCUCGAAAAGGUGUACCGCAAGAUCGCAUUCGACAUUGUCAAGGAGCACGGCGAGUCGGUGUUCCCGGAGCCCAAGGAGGGCGAGCUGGCGAGCGCCAAGACCGAGGCGGCGUCGGCGUCGGCAACCCAGUCCGUCACCCCGCCCAACGUAGACGGGCAAGCGGCGGACAGUGCUGCUGCUCCCUCUGCCUUCCCCGAGCCAUCGGCGUCGACGAGCGAGGCUCCGGACAGCAAGCCGCUGCAGGACGGCAAGGUGCCUGGCAAGGAUGCGGCGCCCGAGCCCCCAGCCAAGGUGACGACCGAGAAGCGCCAGCCCAUGGCGGUGCCCAAGGACGUCAAGGUGGAGAUCACGAUCGACAGCCUGCGCAAGUACCUCGGACCACCCGUGUACCACAAGGAUCGUUUGUACACGAGCGCCAUGCCUGCCGGUGUGUCGACGGGUCUGGGCUACCUGGGCAACGGUUCGGGAUCGCUCAUGCCGAUCGAGACGACCAUCAUGCCGGGCAAGGGCAGCCUGCAGCUGACGGGCAAGCUGGGCGAUGUGAUCAAGGAGUCGGCGUCGAUCGCGCUGUCGUGGAUGAAGACGAAUGCAUUCGAUCUGGGCAUCGUCAAGGAUGCCAACGACAGCUUGCUCGAGAACAAGGAUGUGCAUCUGCACAUGCCCGAGGGCGCGAUUGGCAAGGAAGGGCCGUCAGCGGGUGUGGCGUUUACGGUGUCGCUGACGUCGCUGCUGACGAAUCGAUCGGUAGCGCCGACGCUGGCCAUGACGGGAGAAGUGUCGUUGCGCGGUAUGGUGCUGCCGGUGGGUGGGCUCAAGGAGAAGCUGCUGGCCGCGCAUAGGGCGGGCAUCACAAAGGUGAUUCUGCCGGCGCAGAACCAGCCCAACGUAGAGGCGGACGUGCCCAAGGCCGUGCUGGAUGACCUCGAGGUGCACUACGUCAACAACGUCUGGUCGGCACUCAACCAUGCGUUUGGAGAGGGACCGUGGUCGGCCAAGGCGAAAGAGAUGGAGGAGCUCGAGCGCAAGGAGGCCAUCACUAGCGAUCAGCCCAAGCAAAAGAUCAUGCCGGACGAUGGCGCGAGUCAGGACCAGCCUGUCAAUUAA